AUGGACGACUGUGACCGGAGAAAGACAACAUGCUUGGGCAUUCCAACGCCCACGGAGCUCCGCGAACUCGCCAAACGUCCAGCAGCGCAGCGCCCACUUGUGAGCACCCGGGUCGACCAAACGAUCAGAGCCUUCGGCAAACUACACAGGAGAUCAGAAGACGAGAUCGAGAAAGCCUGCGAUCUUGCACACGGUGUUAGUGACAUGGUUGUCUUGCUGGAGCGACCUCGUGACAAGCACAAGUACGCUGCUGCUUUCGAGGACUUGGUUAAUGACUGCGCGACGCUUCAAGCUGUGGACGAGAUGGUUCGCUUCGUCACGAACGGCAAGCGAAGUAUCUCAGACACAGUAAUUCUGGACGCAUUCUCGUUCAAGCCGAAGAAAGAGGUUGACUCGGCUCGUGCACCGUCAGACCAAGACUGCCUCGACGUGGCCAUGGAGGUCCUGCGUAUCAUCAAGUCUGAUGUCGUGCUUACAUGCUGUACUCCAGACCUGGCUCACCAUGAGCUCACACGUCUCGUCCGAUUCAAAGACUCGCACAAACUGCAAGCACCUCAGUGCAUGGACAAAGACAUCACUGGAAGACGCACGAAAGUCGUGGGCUGCUUCCAUCUAAGCUACUACAUCAACCGCAUGCCUCAAGCGAUUGAGCCAAAGGCGAGGCUGACCUUGGCAUUGGCCUUCAAGCUUGCCUUCACCCCCGAUAUUAGCCAGGAAGAUAUGGCUGCGGUAGCAAAUUUUCGAAAGAAAUACCAUUUGCAGAAUACCACAGUGCUGCGCAAUAACAUACCGAAGCUCGAACUUCUACAGCGCCUUCGGGAGGCUCACCGCAUCAGCACAAUAUCGACCACGGAUUCCGAAUGUUCGGACUCGGAAGACAGACCUGUCGGUAACCUCAUACCGAAUAGGACUCCAGAGACAGACGAGGAGGUUUUCGAUCUUCUGUGGACGCUGCCACAGGUGUCUCGGACCGAUAGUGGCAUGCUGGUCAUGGAGCUGUGUCUGCUGUGGCAGUGCUGUUACCGCCGGCACCCUUUGCAGGACCUUAUACAAGGCUGGAUGGUGGACCUCUACCACAAGCAGACGGAGCCAGACCUAAGGAAUAGGCUCGCGAACUGCUCGGACAACCUCUUGUUCUGGACCCCAUGGGCUGAUACAUGUCGCUCUGGCGAUGCCGCUAUUUCAAAGGACCGUUGUCUUUUCGACAAGAAACUUCAUAAGUGGCGGAGACAGAUUGCGGAAGCAACUGGCCGCUUGAACAUACUAUGCCUCCGAUGUGACGAGGUUUCUGCGCAACUGGCAGGGGAUCGUCCAUCAGUGGCGAGGGAAGCACAUCAACAACUUGCAGAAGAAUGUAAGCGAGAGCUCAGAUGUUCCGUUGUCACGCUGAACACAAGCAUUAUCCAUCUUCGCGGCGAAGUAUGCAGUUGCCAAUGCGAAAGCCAACCGCAUAGAGCCGUCAUGCAUCGGCCGAAGGCAAAGUCGUUGGCGGACGAGGUGCUGAAGACAGUCGACAGGUUGAGGAACAACAUGACAAAUCUACUUGAGAAGGUUGGAAAGCUCGAAGACAAAUCGUUGGACUGCGGAGCGUUGGGGCUUGGUACUCAUACUAUGCAACGAGUAUCGACAUACAUCCAAUCGAGCUCGCCCUUCGCUCCUACGGAAGAGGUACGAUCAGCUGUCAUGGCUCUGCGAAUGGAGCUUGCUGCGAUAAGCCUGACAGCGGCCAUUCUACCUUCCCCACAGCCAGUGAGCAAGGUGGGCACUGCAUCCAUUCAAAGCAAUGCAUCGGACAGCGAGUCUCUGCCCCCUGGCAUUGCCCGUCUUCACCUAUGA